GCGGGGCGGAGACAGCGGCGGCCGGCAGCCGGGGGGAGGCCGGAGGAAGUGUCUGCUGACCGGAAAAGUGGACGAGGACACUGCGAAGCGUGCCGGACGCUAGAGCAACUUUCCAGAUCACUCCCCCGUGUGCCAGUGAGAGGCAUUACGAGCAUCUUGGACGAUGCUGCAGCAAAUGUGAACCGGGAAAAUACAUGUCUUCCAAAUGCACCGCUACCUCUGGGAGCGUCUGUCUGCCCUGUGGCCCAGAUGAAUACCUGGACACCUGGAAUGAGGAAGAUAAAUGCUUGCUACACAAAGUGUGUGAUACAGGCAAGGCCCUGGUGGCGGUGGAGCCCGGCAACCGGACGGCCCCGCGGCGCUGCGCCUGCACGGCCGGGUACCACUGGAGCGAGGACUGCCACUGCUGCCGCCGCAACAGCAAGUGCGCGCCGGGCUUCGGCGCCCGGGAUCCGGCUCAACAAAGACACGAUGUGCGAACCCUGCCUCAUGGGCUACUUCUCUGACACCUUUUCCUCCACAGAGAAGUGCAAACCCUGGACCAACUGCACCAUUCUUGGAGAGAAGGAAGCACAUCAUGGGACCAAGAAAUCAGAUGUGGUUUGUAGUUCUUCUCUGCCAUCUGCAAAACCACCAAAAGAACCCCAGACUUACUUGCCCAGUUUAAUCAUCCUGCUCCUCUUCAUCUCUGUGGCGUUAGUUGCUGCCGUCAUCUUCGGUGUUUACUACAGGAGAGAAGGGAAAGCACUAACAGCUAAUUUGUGGCACUGGGUCAACGAGGCUUGCGGUCGCCUAAGUGGAAAUAAGCAGGAGUCCUCAGGCAACAAUUUUAGCUGCACUCACGUGGAAGCCUCUAGUCAGCGUGAAAUCUGUGAGAGUGUUUUACUGCUGACUCUGGAAGACAAGCGGUUUUCUGAAGAUAUGUGCUGUCCAGACGAUGGUGGUGCCUGUGGAGGGGGUGGUCCCUGUGCCCAGGGAGAAGAUACCAGGAUGCUCACCUUGAUCAGCGAGACUGAGGGGGACCCCUUCAGGCAGGUUCCCAUGGAAGAUGAAUAUAUGGACAGGCCCUCCCAGGUCCCAGACGCUAUACUGUUACUCACUCAGCCUGGAGGCACCUCCACACCGCCUUUCCCUGAACCCCUGGAGGUGGGGGAAAAUGACAGCUUGAGCCAGUGCUUCACUGGGACAGAGAGCUUGAUGGAUUCUGAAAGCUGCCACUGCGCCCAGCCCCCGUGCAGGACUGAUUGGAUUCCUGCGUCCUCUGAAAAGUACUUGCAAAAAGAAGUGGAGGGUGGCAAUUGCCCCCACUGGGCAGCCAGCUCCAGCUCUGCAGAUGGCUGUGCGGGCUGCGGGAACCCUGCUAGGGAGGACCGGGAACCCCUGAUGGGUUUCCCCCAAAGUGGACCCUUGCCCCAGUGCGCCUACGGCUUGGGCCUUCCACCCAAAGCGGCUGACGGGGCAGAGACAGGAGGCCAGCCCGUGGACGGGGCUGAUGUAAGGCUUCCCGGCUGGACGAGGGGAGGCCCUGGGUCUGGAAGCCCCUCCACUGACCAGCCACCUGCAUCUGGAAAUGUGACUGGAAACAGUAACUCCACGUUUAUUUCCAGCGGGCAGGUGAUGAAUUUCAAGGGCGACAUCAUCGUGGCAGCUCUAAGUGGCAAUCUGUCGUCGUCCUCCUUUACCCAGUGGUUCAUCCCCACGGGAACUAGUGCUGGGAGGCAAGGAAGGCAAGACUGCGGGGAAGCCCUGCAGCAUCCUGGGAGGCUCAACACUCGGGAGGAUGAAUUAGGAGCACCCAAGGGAAGUCCUCUGGGAGAAGGGACACCAGGGGUUCCAAAGGGGCAUUGGCCUGAUGGUGAAGAGUUGGGGCUGGAGAAGCAGACGGUCCGGCAGGCCCAGUCACCUCCGAGUCAGCUCCCGAGCCAGUGGCUGAGUGUGAGCAAGGAGUCUGUGUCUUCUGCCGGCAUCCACGAAACUGUGACAGGCUAA